AUGUCCAAAAUAAAGGCAAUAGCCCCCGAGUCUCUGUCGUCGCAGGAAAUGAUUACAUGUGAGCUGGAAUUAUCUCAUAAACGCAAGACCAGAACAAAAAAGCCCAACGUCCAGGACCUCAUUGGUGAGAAGCUGGCAAAGAGCAAAACGCUGCAUGAGCAGCGAGUGAUUGUGCAAGCAAAGCUUGACUUGCUUCAUAAAUUCAAACAAUCUCACCGGCAAUAUGCUGGCCCUUCAAAUGCAACAGUAAACCCUCAGGAAGAAAGAGGACAAAACGCUUCAAAUAGUGAUGAAUCGGACCUCACCGACAUUGACGAAGAAGAUCAAACUGUUACCACUGGCAAGCAUAAUAUCAAAGACUCUUCAAAGCAUGCCAUUAGGAAUGGUAGAAGAGGUAUAGAGAAACAGGGGCAACUAUCAGAGGCACCGACCAAGGCACAUAUUGACAUUGAGAGAGCUGAGUAUGCUUUUAUCACCGAAACCGACCAGAAAGCUGCGUUGAUUGGUUCAUCUACUGAGCCGAGGAUCGGCGAUCCAAAGGAAAUUCAAGCCACUGAAAUGAAAGCUGCAUACGUCGAUAAAGGAUCCUCUCAAACUCAGGACACACAAAAUCUUGUCGAUAGCGAGAAGCCUGUGGGCAUGGGUGAGUAA